AUGGCAUACAACAGCUCUCCAAAUCUACAAAACUCGUCCGAUGGUAGAAAUCCUACCCAGGACGCCAAUAAGUUUGCCAACCCGAUAAUGUACGCUGUCAGUCCGGAUGGUAAACCGAACCCAACUAAUCCUACGGUUGCUGAGAAUGGUAACCCGGAGAUGGGAGUUCCUGUGACAACUUUCAAUAAUCCUCCAACCAUGAUUGCUACCAGUGUGCCUUCACCGUCACCACAGCCAGGGUGUUGCACCAGGGAGUUUUAUUUUGCAAUAUUUGCAUUAAUGGUUGUUAUAACGGGCGCUGUAAUGUGGGGAGCGGUAAAAUACCCACUUAUAGGCAUUAUUCUAUUGGCUAUUGGAGCUGCCUUGCUACUGGGAGUUGGAUUUUUCAUGUAUAAUAAAAUCCAGCGGCAAAUACACCAGCAGCAAAUACAUCAGCAGCAAAUAUAUCAGCAGCAAAUGCAAAUAUAA